AUGGUGGGAAAGGAGUCGCCAUGCGUUUACAAGAACCCAGACGCGCCAGUGGAGGCGCGUGUGCAAGACCUUCUCUCCAAGAUGACUCUGCCGGAGAAGAUUGGGCAGAUGGCUCAGAUUGAACGCACCGUCGCUUCUCCUGCCGCCGUUACAGAUUUCUUCAUCGGCAGUAUACUAAACGCCGGCGGGAGUGCGCCGUUCGAUGACGCCAAGUCGUCGGAUUGGGCUGAUAUGAUCGAUGGCUUUCAGCGAUCAGCGUUAGCGUCGCGUUUGGGAAUUCCAAUAAUCUACGGCACAGACGCCGUCCACGGCAACAACAAUGUCUACGGCGCCACCGUUUUUCCCCACAACAUCGGCCUCGGAGCCACCAGAGACGCAGAUUUGGUCAGAAGAAUUGGAGCUGCAACAGCACUUGAAGUAAGGGCGUGCGGUGCUCACUGGGCGUUUGCUCCUUGCCUGGCCGUCUUGGGGAAUCCGAGAUGGGGACGAAGCUAUGAGAGUUAUGGAGAAGAUACUGGACUUGUCUGUGAGAUGACUUCACUUGUGUCCGGGCUACAAGGCGAGCCACCCAAAGAACACCCAAAUGGUUACCCUUUUGUUGCAGGAAGAAACAAUGUGGUCGCAUGUGCCAAGCACUUUGUUGGAGAUGGUGGUACCGAAAACGGCACAAACGAAGGGAACACCAUUGCGUCAUACGAAGACUUGGAGAGGAUACACGUUGCUCCGUAUCUGAAUUGUCUUGCUCAGGGAGUCUCCACGGUUAUGGCGUCUUACACAAGUUGGAACGGAAGUAGACUCCACUCCGACUACUUCCUCUUGACAGAGCUUCUCAAGGAAAAACUCGGUUUCAAGGGAUUUGUAGUUUCAGACUGGGAAGCUUUGGAUCGGCUUAGUGAGCCUUUGGGAUCAAACUACCGCAACUGCGUUAAAACUGCGGUUAAUGCUGGAAUGGACAUGGUGAUGAUACCAUUCAAUUACAAACAGUUCAUACAGGACAUGACAGAUCUGGUGGAGUCCGGGGAAAUAACGAUGGCUCGUGUCGAUGAUGCUGUUGAAAGAAUACUGAGAGUGAAGUUUUUUGCUGGUCUCUUUGAACAUCCUCUCGCGGACCGAUCUUUGUUGGCAACUGUUGGCUGCAAGAAACAUAGAGAACUGGCGCGCGAAGCAGUUAGAAAGUCGUUAGUUCUGUUAAAGAAUGGCAAAAAUGCUGAUAAACCGUUUCUGCCACUGGAUCGCAACGCUAAGAGGAUUCUAGUCACGGGAACGCACGCAGAUGAUCUUGGAUAUCAGUGCGGAGGAUGGACAAAGACGUGGUUUGGUCUAAGCGGGAGGAUCACGAUAGGAACGACGCUUUUGGAUGCCAUUAAAGCAGCAGUUGGAGACGAAACCGAAGUGAUCUACGAGAAAACUCCAUCAAAGGAAACCUUAGCCUCGAGUGAAGGAUUCUCUUACGCCAUUGUUGCAGUGGGGGAAUCUCCCUAUGCAGAGACUAUCGGCGAUAGCUCGGAACUCAUAUUACCCUUAAAUGGUAGCGACAUUGUAACUGCGGUUGCAGAGAAAAUCCCGACCCUGGUGAUCUUGAUCUCAGGACGGCCUGUGGUUUUGGAGCCUGCGGUUCUUGAAAAGACUGAGGCUCUGGUCGCUGCUUGGCUGCCUGGAACAGAAGGACAAGGGGUGGCUGAUGUCAUUUUUGGAGAUUAUGACUUUGAGGGAAAGUUACCAGUGAGCUGGUUCAAAACCGUUGAGCAUCUGCCGCUAAACGCUCAUGCCAAUUCCUAUGACCCAUUGUUCCCUCUUGGUUUCGGUCUCAAUUCAAAACCAGUGUAA